GCUCAAACCGAACUGUCAUAAUGAUGUCUAGAGAGUAGAGACAUAUGAUGCGAGCCCACCUUGAUCCAAAAUGUCUGCAGCGGCGUGAGUUAAGGACGUAACAGACUUUAGCCCGCGCCUGAUAUCUGUGACGCGGUUGCGGCGGAGCGUCAGAGCUCGAGCUCGGAGCGCCAGCGGCGGGAGAGAAGUCGUCGCUUCUCCUGCUGCUAUUUAACCACACUGCGUAGGGUUGCAGCAGGUUGAGCCUGGAACCAGCUGUCCUCCAAGAUGAACCCUUAUGAAUGAGAGUGAGCCUGUUCAGUAAGCUGUUAGCGUCCAGUGGUCAAAGCCAUGCCUGAAGAUUAGAGCCUCCUCUUGCUUACAGCAAUACAAAUAUAUAGAAGAUUCUACAUGACUCUUCAUGUAGACCUUCCUGUGUUUGUCUUGCUGGAUUGAGUCCUUCCUCCCCUACUAUAAUAUCAGCUCUGUCCCUUUCAUACCGCUCCCUCUUGCACUUUCAUGGCCGCUUGGAAACAUGCAUCUGCAUUUGAGAAUGGCUCCAACUUAGUCUCAUGCGUCCAAUGAGUGGAGAGUCUGACGGCCCUGCUCCUGAAAGAGUCUCGCGGGCCCUGUCAGGCCCUGCGUCCUCCUCAGAGAUGUCCUCACUGCACUCACUAGGGCCAGUGCAGAGCUGGCUGGGUCAGGAGCUGGAGAAAUGUGGCAUAGAUGCCAUGAUCUACACCCGCUAUGUCCUUAGCCUGCUACUGCACGACAGCUAUGACUAUGACCUACAGGACCAGGAAAAUGACAUCUUCCUGGGCUGGGAGAAGGGAACAGGGAAGAAAUGGGGGAAGAGCAAGAGGAAGGGAGGGAUUGACCUUAGUCUUGAAGAGAUGAAGAAACAAGCUGCUGUGCAAUGUUUGCGUUCAGCAUCUGAUGAAAAUUCUGGAAUUGAAAGCUUGGUCGAAGAGCUAUGCUCUAAGCUCAAGGAUAUUCAAAACAAACAGAAAGAAAAAGAAAAGCAAGUAAUUAAAAAAUCUGAUAUAUCUCAGUCUCCUGAACCAGAUGAAUCAUUUUCUUCUAAGGACCAGGUUGAGAUGUACUAUGAAGCUUUCCCACCUCUCUCAGAAAACUCUGUUUGUCUCCAAGAAAUUAUGACUGUGUGGAACAAAGCUAAAGCCUGCACAUAUUCCAGCUCAUCAUCAUCUGCUGUCCCUCAAACAAGCACAGACACAUCCUCUCCAAAAGACUGCACCAGCGAAGGUGAAGCUUUUAUUAAAGACCGAACAGUUGAUGCACCCAGUUCCACCACCACAAUCAGCGAGAGGGCCCAGCAGCGACGCACUAAGAGGGAGAAGGAAAACCGAUUCCAUGGAAGCGCAACAGGGGCGACUGACGAUCAGGUUCCUCCUCAUAGUAAGCGGCAGGCGAGACACCGAUCUGAGGGGAGGUUCCGUCCCAGGUCGUGGUCCUCUGGCUCUAGUGAGGCUGGCUCAAGCUCCAGUGGUAACCAGGGUGACCAGACCCCUAGUUGCAAAGCAGUCCGCAUAAGACACAAGUCUCGAGAGGUCAGCAGCAGAAACAAAAGAGCCCGCAGUGGCGGCGGACAGGUCAAACUGGCCCUUAAAGUCAUCGACAAAGAAGAGCGGAAAAAUGCACGAGGCAACAUCAGUACCACUGGAGGCCCAUCUAAGCAGCACUACAUGAAAAAAGGCAAACGACCUCUGAGGGAGAUCCGCAAAGAUGCUAAUCUGGUUGAGACACAGGAGUCAGGAGGAGAGGCCAAAAGAAAGGAAUAUAUGGAGGAGCCACUUUGGUACACAGAGCCCAUCUCGGAGUACUUUGUCCCUCUCAGUAGAAGUAAAUUGGAGACAAAGUAUCGGAGUAAAGAAGACUCUUCCAAUGACUUAGCUAUGUCCAUUGAUGUGGACUGUCUGUCGGAGAGAAUUCAAGGAAUCUGCAUUGCAAAUUCUUGUUUUCAAAGGGCAUACCUUGCAGCAGGCACUUUUGUGGAUGGCCACUUCAUUGAAGUGCCUAGCGAAGGUGACGAAGAGGCUCCUGAACUGAAUGGGAUUCCAAGCUGCCCUCUUCCUGAAGAUGGUCCAAAUUUAGAUGACGAGCAUCUGUCUGAAUUCACUCACUUCUAUGAAGUUGAUCUUUAUCAAUCCAUAUUGGAUCCUAGUGCCUCAGAUGCGGUACAAGAAAGCCGAAUCCUGAACAUGAUUCGGCAGAAGAGCAUUGAGCGAAAACACUUUGAAGCAGGAUGUGUCGUUUUAGAUGGCCUUGAGCUGCAAGGGGAAAGUGCAAUAAGGGUUGAUUCUCUGGGAGCCUCAGAAGCAGAUGUUUCUAUAACACAAGAUAUGGAAAAUAUUGCCCAAGUCUGGGAGUGCUGUUCAUCUUCGAGCUUGGAAGAUUUGGAAGGAGAAAGCUGUCCGGGUGACUCUCCAGUCAGGCUCUCCCCAGUGUUGGACAGUGUUCCGUUUAACUUUAGCAAACUGUCUGGAGCUUUUGUAGGGCCUCAUCUCCAAGAAGCCAGCAGUAGCAUCUCUGCCCUAAACUCCUGUUUUCCUCUUUUUGAGUUGCAGUACGAUAGCCCUUCCUUUUCUUUUUCCUGCGACUCGCUCACGGAGGGACAGGACAAUGUAGAUUCAAGUAGCUGUUUAGAUCCACAAGGAAACAAACAAUCCCGUUUGCUAAUUUGGACCAAAAACAGUGCCUUUGAUGAAACAGAACACUGCUCUAACUUAUCAACGAGGACCUGCAGUCCCUGGUCCCACUCAGAGGAGACCCGGUCAGAUAGUGAACAGAUCAAUGCUCCAGCGGAUGAAUCUGCUCAGUUUGGCAGUGAAGAGGUCAGCUGUAUCUCCCUUAUCCCACCUUUAUGCCUAGAAGAAGAGCUUUUAGAUUUCUUUCAAGAGAACUCCAGUCACCAGCAGGAAGAAACGAGUGUAGGCACAGAGUCCAGCCAGCCCUUCAAUAAGAAAUCGAAAUUGGAGUCUGUUUGUGGCAUAGCAUUAGAGCAGGAUGAGAGUAAACUCUAUAAUGCUGUUGUGUUUUCAGAUGUCCUAAAUAAACAAAGUGAUGAUUACACCUCAGGGAUAAUAAAAGACAUUUGGAUGGCUAUUGGAGACAGAGACUGUGUCUUAACACUCGGGGUAAAGAAUACAGGGGAGCACUUGUUUCCAGAGGAGGCUACCGGCUACCAAUGCAGCUGUCAUGACAAGGAUGUAAAAGGUGAAAUUAUUCAAAAGAAAGCUGUGCAGUGUUCCGAGUAUCAUCUUUGGGAUGGGCAGAAGGAGAACGAGGGACUUCAUAAAAACAAGCUCUCUAAAAUGAAUGAUGGGGAUUACACGACGCCGGCCAAGCCCUGGAAUUGUAAUUCACAGGACAGCACCUCCUUUAUCCUCGGUGGGGUUUAUGGAGAACUGAAGAGUCUAAGCGGCGACAGAGAAUGGGCUAUGAUUCCACCUGGUGAUGCUUGUGGCAGUUUGUUGCAGUGUGCAGCAGCCACAUCUUCUGACAUGGUAACCAUUGCAGGGGCGGAUGUGUUCAUGAACACAAGCAGUUGCUUUGCUCCUGGCCACAAGCCAUUGUGGAGACCUCUUGUGUCCCUUGGUCAAAAUGAGCAGGCUACCAAGGGACCAGGGGAUGGUUUAAAUAAGGGAUUUUCUGUUGUCUUCCAUGAAGAUUUACUGGGAUCAUGCGGAGGUUUCCGUGGAGAAGAGUCAGGACUGGAUUAUCCGUUUUCAUCCUUUGAUUUGAACAACCCUUUUUCCCAGGUCCUGCAUGUGGAGUGCUCCUUUGAGCCAGAGGAUAUGGCCUCUUUCAGCCCGGGAUUCAAGCCAAAAUCCAUAUUAUGCUCCGACAAUGAGCCCUUUUGCCCUUGGUUAUAUGGCAUCAAACGGACUCAGUAUCGGGCCAUUCGAAUUUCCCCAAGCACUCAUUUCCGGCCAAUAUCUGCCUCUGAACUUUCUCCAGGUGGUUGCAGUGAGUCAGAUGUAGAGUCUGAGAAAGAGGAAGCGAGUCUUCCAGUUGGUCAAGCAGACCUCUUUGAUGACCCACAGGCUGACCUCAAGCCUCUCGAGGAGGACGCAGAGUGCGAGGGCCCUUACUACGGAAAAUCGGAGCUGGAGUCUGGAAAGUUCCUACCCAGAUUAAAGAAGUCUGGCAUGGAGAAGAGUGCACAGACGUCGCUCGAUUCACAGGAGGGUGGGAGCACCCUUCUGCCGAUUACUGAACAAGAGAUUUGCAUACAUUGUGAGACGGCAGUGGUUUCGGUGCCAUGUUCUCAUGUGCAGUCCUCUGUUCUUCAGCAAGAGGAAUCUAGCAGGGAGACAGAGUCUUGCAAAUGCGCUGCAACUGAUCAGAUUCCAAAAAGUGAGAAGUUGCUUGAUGUUGCUCAAGAUAUGCAUGAGUUUCCACUGUUGAAUUUUGGAGAACAGUGCUUAACUAAUAUGCAGCAAGAAGAGUGCUGGUGGCAAAGUACUCUGUGUUCCCCUUUAUUUCCAAGUUCUCAGUGCGGAGGAAGCAGUAAUGUAUGAUUCUUCUGCUGAGCGUGGAGGCAUACCAAUGCUAUUUUCCUCCUAUCACUUUCAACCAAAACCCAGAGGAGGGAUAGGAGGACCAUUACAAGAACAGUGAGACCAGGGCCCACAGUGGGCUCUGUCUUAACCACGCUGUCCUAAGCCCUGUUAUUCCUCAGCCAUUUAAUCUAAAACGGCGUAUCACCAAGAUGAAAGCAUAAAGAGAGGAAAACAUGGCAAUAGGUUGAACGUACAGUUAGAUGAUUCUGGUCAACAGCAUUUAUUAUAGACUUGUUUUCAGUCUGUUAAUUCCAAGUUUGAUCAAUUUUGAAAAGAAUAAAAAAGGCAUAGCUAAGCAUUAAGAUUGUUCUUUAAUUUACCCCUUAUAGAUUUUAGCUUCACUUUUAUGUUUGAUCUAGGAUACACUAUAACUGUGGUCCUACUGAUUGUGCAUGUGCUUGUGAACCUAGUCUCAGUCCUUCUAAUAGUCUAAGUUUCUGUGACCGAACUAUGAAUACUCAGAAGUCAGGUUGAAAGCACUACGAUUGCAACACCCCCUUCCCUAAUCAGAUAAUUUAGCAUUGUUCUUAUUUUUUCCUUUUAAAUGACUUGAGUUGUGUGAGGUUUGGUGUGUUGAAAGAAAAAGUGCUUUUGUCCCCCCUCCCACUUUUGUUUUGUCACAUAAAUUAUUUGUUUGUUCCCUUUUAUUUCAAUGCAUCUUAAAGAAAUAAAGCAGGGUAAUAUGUGGAAGGUGUAAUAAUACAAUAAGCAAAAAAACAAACAAUUAAAACGGUUAAACAGAAGGCUCAAUGAAGAAAUAACCCCCUUGUCCUUGAAAUUCGAAGUUGCUUUCUUUGCUCGAGAUUCCUUUUUAAUACAGCCAUUGUGAUAAAUGUUUUACCAUUUGCUAGGCUAUUUUGUCCACUUCAGGUUAAUUUUUUUUCUCUUCUUUUUAUGCAUAUGUCAGAUAGCUUGAUUUGCAAAGUCACCUUUCAUAAAAGUACAUUUUGGAAAGUGUCGUGGUUUCGAAGGACAGUUUACAUUUUCCAGAAUACAAGUAUAGCAAGAUAUCUGGAAAGCAUGUGAAAUAUAAAGGGUACAAGGAAAUUACAUUUUUUUUGGGGUUUCUUUAAAACUAUACAGUUUACACCAUACAGUUGAUCGAAUCUAUCAGUUGCAGCUUGAUAUUGUAGACACAAUUUUGUGUGUUGUUUCUUUAAGUUUAGUGUAAAGUUUACGUAUUUCAAGUGAAAUUUCGUCCCCUUCUUUACACAACAAAAUUGUGACUACUGAUGAUUUAUAAUAUGGCUUCAUUGUUUUUAGUUUUUUUUUUUUACAUGAAAAGAAUUGAGUGUUUCCAGUAAUGGCAGUUUAUUGCUUGAAGGUUGGCUCUUUUCAUGUACUUUUCCUUCUUGUUUCAGAAAUAUGUGGCUGUUUCAUUGUGUGCUGAUGCAUCAUACUAAAGAGGGGUGUAUAAAAGCAAUAUAGUAUUUUGGCACACCAUAAUUCUACAACCUUACAAUAUUAAGGUUUGUUUGUGUUAAAAAAUAUAUACAUAGGGUUUAUUUGUGACAUAUGUCCCCUCACUGCAUAAUGCCCAAAUUACUUUUCCUACAAAGUUUGAUAAGUUGCUUGCCUAUAUAAUUUAUUUUGUGGCUUUGGAGUGAGAGGUGGUAGGGAUAUGGUGUUCAUAAUGCAAAAUCCAGUCCAUCGUAAAUUAAAUUUUUGCUCUAAUACCAUUUUAUCCAUUCACUUUCAUCUUCACUCUAAUGGAUGUGUAGCUUGCCAUCUGCUAGCUUAAAUCUAACCUGGAUGGUGGAUGGGUAUCCCCCCCCCCCCCCAUUUCAGUUUUGUUUUGUUACAGAUGUUAGCUUGAGAAAUUACUACAUGUAUGCUACAUCAGCAGAGUGUAAAUUGCUACGAUGUGUGAAAUUUGGCGACAUUUGCUUUUUUAGAGCACCCUCAAACCCUUUUUUUUUUUUUUUUUUAAGUUGAAAAAUGUGUGCAUUCUUUUUCUGUACCAAUGUGGGGAAACUGGUUUUAAAGCAUUACUUAUUUGUAAGGGGGAAUUUGAAUCUGGCAAUGAAAUAGAAAAUGAUAUCGCCCCAUUCAUCAUUGACCAACAGAUGCCUUUGAAAAAUUCCUUAAUUGGGCACAAGGAUUUAAUUUUCUAAACUUUCUUUGGCAUCAAAUGUCAAAUAAAA